AUGGCGACCGCAUUGCCGCCCUGCCAUGUGGGUCAGAAUUGCCACCCUGAGUGUGAGGCCGCCAUCAACAGCCAGGUCAACUUGGAGCUGUACACCUCCUACGUGUACGUGUCCAUGGCCUGCUACUUCGACCUUGGAGACGCGGCCUUGAAGCACUUCAAGCUGUUCUUCCUUCAGCAGUCGAAGAAGGAGGUGGACCUCGCGGAAUCUCUGUUGGGGCUGCAAAACCGGCAUGCCGGCAACCUCUGCCUGCCCAAUAUCCCCAGGCCUAAAGAAGAGAACUGGGAGAAUGGCCUGAGGGUCAUGGAGUGCGCCUUGCACCUGGCGAAGAGAGUGCACCAGAGCCUGCUGAAUCUGCACCAGGUGGUCACCGAGAAGCACGGCCAGGGCUGUCACUUCCUGGAGCGUGACUACCUGCGUGACCAAGCGAUGUUCAUCCAAGAGUUGGGGGAGCACAUCACCAACCUGCGCAAGCUGGCGGCCCCGGAAGAUAGCCUGGCAGAGUCCCUCUUUGACAAGCUCACGCUGAAGGACAGCAAGAAGUGA